CUUUGACCGAUCACAUAAGGACUGCGACGCAGAGAGAAGAGCAGCACGACGGUCUGAGAACAGAACAUAUAUAUCCUUCCUCUCGGCGUUUCGUUUUAAACGUUUCCAUGUACCACUUUUUGGAGCCGCGCGUCGGAACGAUGCUGUUGAAGACGGCGGUCCUGCUGGUCCUGGUGUCCACCGCCCUGACGGGGGCGUGGUCGGUCAGCCCCGGGAAGGACGGGGUGCUCUUCGCCUUCCAACCCAACCUGCACGAGUUCCACAAGACACCCAUGAAGUUUGCGUCGAGCAGUGCCAUUCCCAAAUGGCUCAGCGGAACGCUGGUUAGGAACGCGCCUGCGCGGUACCAGGUUGGAGACCGAAGCGUUGUUGAUGUCUUUGACGGGUUCGCCAAGCUCCACAGUAUCGACAUUACCCAGCAUUCCCUCAACUUCUCCGCCAGUUUCAUCAAGUCAGGCAUCUACAACAGGUCCAUCGACUCCAACACGAUAGCGCCGAUGGUGACGUUCCUUGGUGUGGACCCUCCCUUCAGUCUGUACGAGCGACUGGAGGCCCUGGCCAAGCCGCUGGACAACAACGACAUCAACGUCUGGAAGUUCGGCACCGGCGACUCCGCGACCUACGCCGCCCUGACCGACGGCUGGGUCUUCCCGGAGUUCAACAUCGACACGCUGGACACCAUCGGCGUGGUGCAGCCCGACCCCCUGGCAGGGCAGGCCGGUCUGUUCGGUGUCGGUCCGCCGACCGUCUACCUGUCCUGCGCUCACCCUAUACUCCAGCCGGGAACGGGACACUCCAUAACUUACGUCAUUAAACCGUCGUACCUCCCCGGCCAGUCCUCGGUUCUGAGCGUCAUUCGCAUCAAGGACCUCGGCCAUAUCGAAAAGAUAGGCAGCUUCGAGAUCGAGAAGAACUCGUACAUGCACACCUUCGCUUUGACCGAGAAUUACGCCAUCUUCUUCCUCCAGCCGCUGUAUUUCGACUUCAUCAAGCUCAUGACCACCGUAGAGAUGCAGUACGCCAUGGAGUGGGUGGCGGGAGACAAGAUGAAGAUCUAUGCGGUGAAUCUGAAGAACGGGUCCGUCAGCACCUUAAGCACCGAUCCGCGCUUUUACACGCACCACGUCAACGCGUACGAGACUUCCGAGGGGCAUGUCAUCGCUGACGUCAUCACGUUCCCGGACCCCACCCCCUUCCUAACGGCCCUGUCUCUGGACAAGCUGCGAGACCUCGAUAACCUGAGGAAGAUGGACUCGUACGCCAGGCUGACCCGAUAUUACCUCAACCUGACGGCAGAGACCGUGAAAGUGGAACCCUCCGCGGCCAAAACCCCGCUCGGCGACUUCAUGAACAAGCUCGACCUUCCGAUUAUCAACGAAAAGUAUCGCACCAAGAAGUACUGUAUUUUCUACGGUACCGUCACCAGUUUCGCCGCCUCCUCCCCUUUAAACGGCUCGAUCCCCAUAGUCAAGAAGAACGUGUGUGUCCCCGGCAGCGACAAGUACUGGUCCCAUCCGAACCACUUUGCCGGAGAGCCUAACUUCGUCCCCGACCCCAGCGGCACGCACGAAGACGACGGCGUCAUCCUGUCCAGCGUUCUGGACGCGGACCGCGGGUUGAACUACCUGCUGAUCCUGGACGCGCGCACCUUCACAGAGAUCAACACGGCCUACAUGCCCACGUGGAUCCCGUUCGGCUUCCACGGCCAGUUCUUUCCCCGGUCUUUUCAAUGAGGACGCUUAGAACCGCUGUCUAAAUGAUAUUGCCAAAUAUCGCGAACUUAAUCGAGAGAUUUUAUUUCGGCCCAGUUCUGACCAAGUGAAAAACAAACAAACAAACAACCAAUUUAGCCGCGUCAUUUAUUGAUUAUACAUUGUAAUUACAUCUUCAACAUCAACAUCUACAAAAUUUAUGUAUGGAACAAAUAUAGUUUAUUUUGUAGUGCCUUGGUCACUUAUAUUUAGCAAACAGAAUUCGAAUGGCAAUUAUUUUCUAACGCCUACCAGUGCAAUGAAGAUAUAUGCAUAUACUUGAU